CAUGCCUGUGAACAUCCCAUAGUGAAACAAUGAGUGGCUGUCCUUUUAUGGGAAAGAAACAUCAUUUUAAUUUCAGUGAACUCUCUUUGGAAGAUAAAAAUGAAGACAGCUCCCAAGAAGGUUUAAACAAAGCCAGUAAAGGAGGGCUAAUAUAUGGCGACUAUCUACAACUUGAUAAAGUACUGAAUGCUCAAGAACUCCAGAGUGAAAAGAAGGGGAAUAAAAUCCACGAUGAACACCUGUUUAUUGUUACACACCAAGCUUAUGAAUUGUGGUUUAAGCAAAUCCUCUGGGAGCUAGACUCUGUUCGAGAAAUCUUUCAAAAUGGGCAUGUUCGAGAUGAAAGGAACAUGCUCAAGGUCGUCACUCGAAUCCACCGCAUUUCCAUGAUACUAAAAUUACUGGUUGAGCAAUUCUCUGUGCUAGAAACAAUGACGGCAAUGGACUUUUUUGACUUUAGGGAUUACUUGUCCCCAGCCUCUGGGUUUCAAAGCUUGCAGUUUCGACUUUUGGAAAAUAAAAUUGGUGUUCCUGAAAUCCUACGAGUUCCGUACAAUAGACGACAUUAUCGUGACAACUUCAAAGGAGAAACAAAUGAACUACUUCUUAAAUCUGAGCAAGAACUAACACUACUGGGACUGGUGGAGGCAUGGCUUGAAAGGACACCUGGGCUGGAGGAGGAAGGAUUUCAUUUCUGGGGAAAGCUUGAAGCUAAUAUAUUUCGGGGACUGGAGGAAGAACUACAAACAGUAAAGACCAAGCCAGAUUCAGAAGAAAAGGAAGAACAGUUGGCUGAACUUCAGAAACAAAAGGAAUUAUUUGGUGCCUUAUUUGAUGAGAGACGUCAUGAGCAUCUGCUCAGUAAAGGAGAAAGAAGACUCUCAUAUAAAGCACUCAAAGGAGCAUUAAUGAUCUAUUUCUACAGGGAGGAGCCACGGUUCCAGGUUCCAUUUCAGCUUCUCACUUCAUUGAUGGACAUCGAUACCCUGAUGACUAAGUGGAGGUAUAAUCAUGUAUGCAUGGUGCACAGAAUGAUUGGGAGCAAAGCUGGAACUGGAGGAUCUUCUGGUUAUCAAUACUUGCGCUCAACAGUAAGUGACAGAUACAAAGUCUUUGUGGACCUGUUUAACCUUUCAACAUAUUUAGUGCCAAGACACUGGGUACCUCGCCUGAAUCCGAGCAUUCACAAAUUUCUGUACACGGCUGAAUGCUGCGACAGUUCCUAUUUCAGCAGUGAUGAUUCUGACUAAAAUCUCUGCUUUGGAAAAUACAAAGAUAUUUUGAGCAACAUAAAUAUUAUUACAACAUAAAUAGAAGAAUCAUUGCCUGUGUAUACUGGAUUUGCUAUCCCAGACCAGCCAAAACAAUAAAAGACCAAGAUACUAAAUCCUACAAGCAACAAUACACUGAAAACGAAUUUAUGUUGAUAUUGAACUAAUGCCUUGCAAGCAGAUCAAAAGAUGAAUUUGUAAGUUUGUUCUGAAGCCAUCUCGAUAUUUAAUCAUAUAAAACACAAAACUCUUAUGGCUAGUGGUAGACAAGGAAUUUCCCAGCAGGCAGAGAAAAAAGAAAGAUCUCGCACAGUAGUGGCUGGAAUAAAACAUGUUUUGCCACACACAGCUUAUUUCCCCCAGCAGAGGCUGAAAUCUGCCCCAUACAUAGAGCAACAGGGGAAUAGCAUUCAUUCCUUUCAAUAAACACAUGGGUGACCCUGGUGUUUUGUCAUUAAGCAAUAACAUAGUGAUUAUUGAUAAAUUAGCUUGUAUCUUAUAAUGGACAUAUAUUUGUAUUAUUUUGUGAAUAGCAGGGAUGAUGAACCCAUGGCCCUCCAGAUGUGGUGAACAGCAACUUCCAGCAACCAAAACCACCCAAGGGUUGGGUUUUGAAGUUGAAAUACAAUACAUCUAGAGCCAUAAGAUGGGUAUUAUACUGUAAAUAUAUAUACAUGUAUAUUAAUAAUAGUCAAGUGAAGUUAAAUAACUUAAAUUGCUUAUUUAUAGUAAUAAAAGUACCCUACAUGUGGUAAUUUAUACUGAAUGUAUUUCAAAUAAUCAAAAUUGUAUAUUUGGUUUCAAAUAAAAAAUAUACAAAUUA